AUGAGCGGCCGCUGGAACGUCUUCUUCGACAUCUCCAUUGGAGGAAAAGCUGCCGGACGUAUCGUCAUGGAGCUCUACAACGACAUCGUCCCAAAGACCGCCGAUAACUUCCGUGCCCUCUGCACUGGAGAGAAGGGAACCGGAAAGUCCGGAAAGCCACUCCACUUCAAGGGAUCCAAAUUCCACCGUAUCAUCCCAGACUUCAUGAUCCAAGGAGGAGACUUCACCCGCGGAAACGGAACCGGAGGAGAAUCCAUCUACGGAGAGAAGUUCCCAGACGAGAACUUCAAGGAGAAGCACACCGGACCAGGAGUUCUCUCUAUGGCCAACGCCGGACCAAACACCAACGGAUCCCAAUUCUUCCUCUGCACCGUCAAGACCGCCUGGCUCGACGGAAAGCACGUCGUCUUCGGCCGUGUCACCCAAGGAAUGGACAUUGUCCAGAAGAUCGAGUCGUUCGGAACGGAAUCCGGAAAGCCAAAGGCCGAUUGCAUGAUCGCCGACUGCGGUCAACUCUAA